AUGAACAUCUGCCUGGGCCAUUUGCCGAAUGGUUUCUACUCCCCCCGUUUGGGCCGGUGCACCGGCCCAGAACACAUGGAGGUCGACGAGACCGUCGCGGUGGGAGGCCGGGGCAAGAACAAGAAGUCUCGCGGCAAGCAGUCCGUCAUGGGCAAGGCCGAAGGCCGCGAGGAGAUGCCGCCGCGCAGCGAGCUCUGCGGGCGGCUCUGCCCCAGCGGGGCCGCAGCUGCCGCGCCUGCGCGCGCGGCGGGCGUGCCCCCGAGGGCGCUCUCCAGCGUGUCGUGCCGGCGGCCAACUGCCCUGGCCAUGGAAGUGCACAUGAUGCUGAAGCUGCCGAAGUUCUUUGGAGAGUUCUGCGGGCAGGGUCGCAUCGCGUGGCGAAUCCCAGUUGCCGACCCUGGCCCGCGCGGCGGGCCUGGCCAGGACUGGGUCCUCCAGAAGAAGGAGCACCAGAGGAACCAGGGCAGGGAGGUGCGCAAGGGCGUCAUCCGCGACGCUGACCUCACGGAUGACGAGAUGCACCAGCUCAUCUCACUCAACAGGAAGAUGGGCAACCAUGGACACGCCGCGGCGCUCCAGCAGCGCUUGGACAAAAGGAAGGCUGGCUCGGCACCUAUACCGAUUCAAGUGCAGGCGAAUCAAUCUGACCGAGCCAGGAAGGCCUUGGAAAAGAAACUGUCCAACGAGCUGGAGCAAUUCGAGAAGUGGCAAACAUGGUUGGCUGAUAAGAAAAAUUCUAUUCACUCCCUUCAUCAACAGUUGGUCGAAGAGAAUGACCGCUACAAGAAGCUCGUUGCGCAGCUGCAAGCAGAGGUUGCACCACCAAGCUCUCCACCUUCUUCGGCUUCUCUUUCGCUCCAGGACUUACUGGACGGGAAGCAGCUAUUCGACGCCACCAGUGUGGAGUCGUUCUUCAACGUGGACCCUGAAGUCUACGAGCUUGGCGAAGAGGACCGCAAGCAAAUGGCGGCUCGUGCAGAGGACCUCAGCAAGCGGCUUGUCGAGACCACCCAGAACCUCUUCGGGGCGGCGGCCAAGCAGCUCGAGGAGGCCAGGCAGCUGCACAAGUCGCACGUCUCGGGCCUGGCGAAGCGUCGCAAGGCCGAGGGAGCGGCGAUGCCUGGGCUUGACCAGCCCAUCCUGUUCGCCUCGGUGUACAUGCAUCACUCCGAGGGGCUGACGGACCGAAAUCUUGACAUCUUGGGGAAGGUUGGGUCGGCAGCAGAGGUGUAUGCUAGUGAAUGUUUGGUCGCGGCUGAUUUCAACAUGUCGCCCGACCUCGUCCAGGACAGCGGGUUCACUGAACGCCUCCAUGGGAACCUGAUCAUCCCCCAGGGCGAGGGGACCUGCCUCACCACGGGGGGCAUCAAAAUGCUCGACUAUUUCGUUGCGACGAGUGGGGUCUCGAAGGCGUGUGGCCGGAGGAGCCAGAUGCUGCUGGAGAUUCCCUCUGAGUUCGCGAGCGAUCUGGAUAGGUAUCAGGCGCUCGUCAAGUCCAUUCACUCGUUCGUGUCGAUCGUCGCGGCUCCAGGUGGUCGGCUCUGCGUGGAGGAUGAAGCUCAUCAGGAGCACCUGUCGCACAUCGUUGGCGAGCUGGAUGCCGCCAUAGUCCACGAGCAGUCGGAUGAACGUGGAUCGAUCAGGAGCUUGACUUGCGAAGCGCUCUGGACUCGCGAUCGGGCGAUCAAGGUCGGGUACCGCGGUCUCGAGGAUCGAUGCGAGCUCUGCGGUUUCACUGGCGAUUCGACCUUCCAUCGACUCUGGCGCUGCCCUGCCGUCGCCUCCACGAGAGGGGAGACCGUUUCACAGAGUUUGAUUGAUGAAGCCGCUGACGCGGACCUGGCCGACCCCGAAGUUGCUCUGCUUUUCACCAGGGGUGUCUUUCCGCAUCCUGGGGACGUCUUCCCUCGGCCGUCUCGGGAGUUUUUGGAUUGUGAAUUUCAGGCCAGAUGUGAAUGGGUUGAGCCCCCCCAGGACGGUGGCACCUUUGAUGGCGAUAUCUUCCUUGACGGUAGCUGCUUCCGUCAUGAAAUUGCCGAGCUCUCGCGUGCUGGAUAUGGGCUCGUUAAGGUCGACUCUUCGGGUGACAGGGUGUGCCACAUCUAUGAGCCUAUCCACGCCCCUUUCCUCCAGACCUCCCAGUGUGCCGAAUUCGCUGCCCUGGCCCGCGGCGGAGUGGAGGUCAUGAGUGACGCGAGCCAAGGGCCCGUCGCCGAGAUCGGCGAGGACCGACAUCCUGGGCAGGAGCAGCCUCGCCUGUCAACUUUUUAUAGCGACUGCUUGAACGCCGAGGAGAGCCGGCUGCAAUGGCAAAUUAAGAUAGCCAAGGCGGUCUGCAAGCUCGCAGCGAAGCUGCUGCCAGCGUGGCCGCCGUUGGAUUUGACCGACUGCUACUGGGAGCACGGCACCCGCCGCGGUGCGGGUCCGCGUGUUGCAGCUGCCAUGGAUGGCCGGCCGGGCCUCGGCGAGCGCGUGCUCGUGAGGGCCUCGGGCCGCUUCGCCACGGUGCUGACGGACGACGGCAGCGAGGUACCCUUCAAGGUGCAGUUCGAGGACCAAGAGCUGCCGACCGUAGACUGGAUCGGCCUCCAGGACCUGGACCGGUGGGACGCGCCGGCGGCCGACGCCCGCGCAGACUUGCCCGAGGUCACCGAGGCCGUCGGCUUGUUGCACAGCCCCGCGCUAAGCAUCGCGGAGUUCUUCGGUCCCAGUGCCAACGGGGACGCGAGGCUGGCCCCCGCCUAG